AUGGACUCAAUGCGCUCACUUAACAAAUCACUCCCGUCUACCUCUACUGCACAACCACCCGAACUCCUACUACAAGCAUUUAAAACUGCCGCUCUAUCCGUCACCAACCUUUACAAAAAUGCAGUGUCAGACCAGGCUCAGUCACGGCACCUUGGAUAUCAAGAUGCCCUGGAAGAUCUCCGGGCAUUCUUGGAUAAAGAAAAAAUAGGCUUCACCGAUGGUGAAGGGCAGAGAAUCAGAAACUGGGUCAUGGAUAAGAUAGAUAUGACGGGAACAUCUUCAAAUGACAGUGACGACGACAAAGCGGACGCAGACAAGACAACCAGAGCAGCAUCACCUGCUGCCAUACGUAAUAAGACCAACCCUGAUACCACCACCUCCAAAUCACAAUCUGAAGCCCGAUCAAGACAGCCAUCCGAGGGUCCUACUCCUCCACCAAUGCCCAUAGCGGCCGAGCCCGUUGCCAUCGUACCUCCCCGGACCACUGCAUUCACCUUCACCGCCGGCCAGAGUCUCCCCAUGCACGAAGAUAUCGACAUGAAAGCAGGCAUGGAUAGUUCUCCUUCACUGCCAAACGAUCCACAGAUUACUGCCUCACAUCCGUCUCACCCCCCAGUCAGGUUAGAAGUGCACUCCCGUCCGCCCAGGACACCUCACCGCCACGGAAGCGGAAACCGCCAUAACUCUCGUUCCAUCAACCGGGACCCUACGCCGGGUGCCGGGUCGAAACGAAAAUUUCACUUUGGCGAGUUUUUUGAUAUCUCGAAUUUAGGAAACGGCCGAGAUACGUUUGGAGGGCCCAAACGGGGCCGCUUCUUAUAA